ACACGUGAUCAGAGGCCAGUUCGCAUUGACGGGCUGUGGCGUGUGAUUUGUUUUGUGUAGCUUUACUGUGCGUUUUGUUUCUGCUUUCUGGAUUUUAUAAGGCUUUAAAUCUUUAAAUGGUUCUUGCUUCCAGGGUCUGAAAGACCCAGAGGUGUGUAGUUACUGUUAUUUAGCUAGGUUUUUAGCUUAGCCUAGCUUAGCCUAGCUAGCUGUGGAUGUAAACACCGGAAAUGCAGAUGAGGUUUAAUUCACUGUAAUCAUUGCUUCGAUCGGAGUUAAAUCAGAUAAAAUGGCGACGAUUCUGGAUGAUUAUGAAGAUUCUCAGAUAAUCAGACGCCCGUUUCAGCCUGGACGCCUUCCUGGGGCCCACAUGAUCGGAAUCACUCACUCAGGAUUCGUGAACGUGAGGCUGGAGGAAGAAAAGCCGAUCUUCAACAAGCAGCGGAUCGAUUUCACGCCACCUGAAAAGAUCAAUCACUUCGCAGUGUGCAACAACCAGCUGUGUAUGAGUCUUGGGAAGGACACACUGCUCAGGAUCGAUCUGGGGAAACCGGAUCAGCUGAACCAGAUCGAGCUGGGAAGGAAGGACGAUAGUAAAGUACAUAAACUGUUUCUGGAUCCGACAGGAUCUCACUUGGUGAUCAGUCUGACCACGAGCGAGUGCGUCUACUUGAACAGAAACACACAGAAGGUUCGCAGCCUCUCUAGGUGGAGAGGCCACUUAAUAGAGAGCGUGGGCUGGAACAAGAUUUUAGGCAAUGAAACAAACACCGGCCCGAUUCUUGUCGGAACCAGCCACGGCAUUAUUUUUGAGGCGGAAAUCUCCGCUUCCGAAGGUUCCCUUUUCAACACCAACCCAGACCAGUACUUCCGGCAGGUUCAUUCCUUGGAAGAGGACGGAAAGCCAGCGCCAGUCUGCUGCCUUGAUGUGGAACGUGGGAUAGAGUCCAAGUACUUCAUUAUCGCGACCACUCGCAAACGUCUCUUUCAGUUCGUCGGCAAGUUAGCCGAGGGUUCUGAGCAACAAGGCUUCAGCUCAAUCUUUGCUCAGAAUCAGGAUCUUUUACCGAGCUUCCAGGAGUUUCCUGUUAACAUGGGUUACAGCGAGAUCGGCUUCUACACCUCUAAGCUCCGUUCAAGCCCUAACUCCUUCGCCUGGAUGAUGGGAAACGGGGUUUUUUAUGGCCACUUGGACUACUCUCGGCUUGACUCUCUUCUCAGCGACGUCCAAGUGUGGGAAUACACGUCAGAUAUCGAUUUCAACUACAACAGGCCGAUCUCCAUCGUGCUCACCCAGUUUCAUUUCCUUCUCCUACUCCCUGAUCGUGUCAAAGCCGUGUGCACCUUGAACGGACAAGUCGUCUACGAAGACGUCUUCCCGGAUAAGUUUGGCCCCCUCAAAAAGAUGAUCAAAGAUCCCGUCGGUGGACUGGUGUGGAUCUACACCGAGAAAGCCGUCUUCCGAUAUCACAUCCAGAGGGAAUCUAGAGACGUCUGGCAGAUGUACAUGAGCAUGAAGAAGUUUGACCUGGCCAAAGAGUACUGCAGGGAUCGACCGGAGUGCAAGGAUAUGGUGCUCGCCAAGGAAGCGGAGCACUGGUUCCAGAACAAACGGUAUCUCGAGAGCGCAAAGUGCUACGCGCUGACUCAGAACUACUUUGAAGAGAUUGCGCUGAAGUUCAUCGAAGCCAAGCAGGAGGAGGCUCUGAAGGAAUUCCUGUUCCGAAAACUGGACAAUCUCAAACCCAGCGAAAAGACCCAGAUCACCCUGCUCGUCACCUGGUUGACCGAGUUGUACCUGAACCGUCUCGGACAACUGGAGGUGGUCGACAAAAGCACGUUUCAGGAAACGCGUGAGGAAUUCCGUAACUUCCUGUGUUCCGUCAAGCACAAGGAGUGCUUCUACAACAACCGUAGCACCAUCUACGAUCUCUUGGCAAGCCAUGGCAAUGUCGAAGACAUGGUCUAUUUUUCCGUCAUUAUGCAGGACUACGAGAGGGUCAUCUCUCACCACUGCCAGCACGAUGACUACGACGCAGCACUCGACGUCCUCUCCAAGCACUGCGAUGAAAAGCUGUUCUACAAGUUCUCCCCGGUUCUCAUGCAGCACAUUCCAAAGAAGGUAGUCGACGCUUGGAUCCAAAUGGGCAAUCGGCUCGAUCCCAAGCAGCUGAUCCCGGCGCUGGUGAACUACAGUCAGAUCGGCAGCACCCAGCAGAUCAGCGAGACGAUCCGUUACAUGGAGUUCUGCGUGAACGAGCUUGGCGUGAAGGAAGAAGCCAUACACAAUUAUCUGCUGUCACUCUAUGCCAAGUACAAGCCCGAUUCUUUGCUGUGGUACCUUGAGCAAGCGGGAACGCAUGUCUCGGAGAUCCACUACGACCUGAAAUAUGCCUUACGCCUCUGCGCUGAGCAUGGCUAUCUCCAGGCAUGCGUGCUGGUCUACAGGAUAAUGGAGUUGUACGAAGAAGCUGUGGAUUUAGCCUUGCAGGUGGAUGUCGAUUUGGCCAAGUCAUGCGCUGAUCUCCCUGAGGAUGACGAGGAGCUGAGGAAGAAGCUGUGGCUGAAAAUCGCCCGUCACGUGGUUCAGGAGGAGAAGGACGUGAAGAAGGCGAUGAACUGUCUGUCCAGCUGCAACCUGCUGAAGAUCGAGGACAUCUUGCCGUUCUUCCCCGACUUCGUCACCAUCGACCACUUCAAGGAGGCCAUCUGCGUGUCGCUGGAGGAGUACAACCAGCACAUCGAGGAGCUCAAGCAGGAGAUGGAGGAGGCCACGGAGAGCGCCAGGCGAAUCCGGCAGGACAUCCAGGAGAUGAGGAACAAGUACGGCGUGGUGGAGUCUCAGGAGAAGUGCGCCACCUGUGACUUCCCCUUACUCAACCGACCCUUCUAUCUCUUCCUGUGCGGACACAUGUUCCAUUACGACUGCCUCUUUCAGGAGGUCACGCCGCACCUCUCGGCCUACAAGCAGGGCAAGCUGGAGGAACUGCAGAAGAAGCUCGCGGCUGCCACGCAGACCACCAAAUCUCGCCACAAGCCCAAGGAAGAGGACGCCGUCAGCCUGGGGAAAGGCCAAGGCAGCCGAGAGCAGAUCAAAUCGGACAUCGACGACAUCGUGGCGUCCGAGUGCGCGUACUGUGGAGAGCUGAUGAUCAAAUCCAUCGAUAAGCCUUUCAUCGAUCCGAACAAGUUCGAGGAAGAAAUGUCCAGCUGGCUCUGAAGCACAUUUCUAUCAGAUCUUCUGUAAAGAGCAGCUGAGCUGUGGACCGUGUCGUAGCGGCUCCGCGCCCCGAGCCGAACGCUCUGUACACACAGCCACGGUUCAGUGCUUCGGAACGCCUGCGUCUGUGAUUCUGAAUACUGACACCAUUAACACCAAGAGCUUUUAAAGAUGUUCAGCUAAAGCAUAAACUCCACGAUGUUAACUGUACCUGUGUGUGAAGGUGUACUUGCUUUAACGUGUAUCUCUCGUGUGUGUGUGACGCAAAUAAACCGUACAGCAUUA